AAAUGAUGCAAUUAAUUAAUUAUUAAUUAUUAUUCCUAUUUUUUUUUUCAGUCCCUGUAACUGUUUUUUCGAGUUGCCGCCACGGCCGCAAAUUGACCUCGCCUACCCCCGACAUUCCGAGUCAACAAAUCCCAAACGAGCGUCGGUGGCGGGGGUAUUUUCGUCAAAUCAUAAUUUAAAACCCGUUCACCCAAGCUCACGUUUCGAUUUAUUUAUUUAUUUUUUUCACUUUCACCCCUCCAAUUUUUCUAUUUUAUAAAAUAGUUAAGUCGUCGUCUUCGUCCCCCACUCCUCUAUACACAAUGCGACUACUCAGAUAUUUCGCGAAAAAGAGGGGGGAAAAAGAGAAAAAGAGAAAAAGAUCCAUCGCAUUCGCCAUUGCGUUUUGGAAUCGAAGAGGGAUUUUAAUGGGGUGGAUACAAAUACUACAUAAAUGCUACAAUUGAGGGUUCAUUAAGGAAAUGAAAGGAGUGUCAUGGAGUUUGAUCAUAGGGGUCACAAUUGGGGUAGUUAUAGGGGUACUUUUGGCUAUCAUUGCAGUGCUCUGCAUUAGCUUCCAUAAAAGGCGGCAGCAGAUUGGGAGUAGCAGCGCGCGGAGGGCUUCGAUGAUUCCGAUUCGCGCUAAUGGCUUCGAUAACUGUUCGGAGGUUUCGGGCUCAACCAACCGUCCAGAUUCGCCGAGGGUUGCUGACGAAGAACGGGGAUCGUCUCUUUUUCUCGAAGGACCCAAGAGGAAGAAUGCAGUCUCAGUUUCUGGGAUACCCAAAUAUUCGUAUAAGGAUUUGCAGAAAGCAACCAGCAAUUUUACGACGCUGAUCGGUCAAGGAGCAUUUGGUUCAGUUUAUAACGCUCACUUGUCUACUGGCGAGAUACUGGCAGUUAAAGUGCUUGCCAAUAAUUCUAAGCAAGGCGAGAAAGAGUUCCAAACGGAGGUCCUACUUCUGGGAAGAUUACAUCACAGGAAUCUUGUAAAUUUGGUGGGCUAUUGUGCUGAAAAAGGGCAACAUAUUCUAUUAUAUGUCUACAUGACUAAUGGGAGCCUUGCUUCUCACUUGUAUGGUGAAAAUCGUAAACCGUUGAGCUGGGAUCUGAGGGUCCGUAUAGCUCUGGAUGUCGCAAGAGGUUUGGAGUACCUUCAUGAUGGAGCUACCCCACCAGUAGUGCAUCGUGACAUCAAAUCUGCAAAUAUAUUGUUGGAUCAUUCCAUGAGAGCUAGAGUUGCUGACUUUGGCCUAUCGAGAGAGGAAAUGGUUACUCGUGGUGCAUCUAAUAUUAGGGGGACUUAUGGCUAUCUCGACCCCGAGUAUGUAUCAUCAAGGUCAUUCACAAAGAAGAGUGAUGUGUACAGCUACGGCGUUUUGCUUUUCGAAUUGAUUGCUGGUAGAAACCCACAACAGGGUCUCAUGGAAUAUGUCGAGCUGGCUGCAAUAAAUGCCGAUGGACAAGUCGGGUGGGAGGAAAUCGUGGAUUCCCGACUGGACGGUGCAUUCGAUGUCGACGAGCUCAACGACAUUGCAGCAGUCGCAUACAAAUGUGUGAGUAAAGUUUCACGGAAACGGCCUUCAAUGCGCGAUGUCGUCCAAGCACUCUCCCGCGUCAUCAAAGAAAGCCAAAUCCGAAAGCAUCAUAGGAAGAGUCCGUCAGACGUUCAGUCUUCGGCGUCAGAACACCGCAGAGAGGAAUCGAUUGACUCUGCAUCUGAUUUCGCAGAUGUUUAAUUUGUUUUUUCUUUAUAUAUAUAUAUAUAUAUAUAUAUUGAGAUUUUUUUUUUGGUCUUUUCACUGUAGCUUUGAUUGUAACAAGUAAUUUCUGGGAGGGAAAUAGGUUUUUGUAGUGUUGGUGCUGAUAAUUUGUUUGGGUCACUUAAAAAAAAAAGGUCCCAUGAAUUUUACUUUGUAAUAUUUGUUUCUGUUUUUAAUUUUUUUUGGCUCUCUUUUUUGUUUUCA